CCCAGUGGCGGAGCGGGCGGCAUGGCGGAGGGAUCGGGUUGUGCUGGACCCUCUAUCCGCUAUUUCUGCACGGCCGGCCGGGGCCUGGAACCCUUCCUGCUUCGGGAGGUGCGGGCCCGGCUGGGGGCCACGCAGGUGGAGUAUGUUUCAGGAAAAGUUUUUUUUACCACCAAUUCUGAGUUGAGUAAAUUGAAGAAGCUGAAGUCUGGAGAACGAUUAUUUUUGCUGCUGAAAAAACAUGCACCAAUUUCUCCCUCUAGAAAUAAAGGAAAAGUAUUUAAUGAAAUUCAAAAACUUGUAAUUGAGGACCCCAGAUGUUGGCUGGAUAUUAUUUCCAUUUGGAAACAUCUUCAUGGAAAUAAGGUUGAACAAGGAAACCUCUCUAAAGAAAAUCCAGAAUCCCUGAAAAGAAAAUCAGAAGACGAGAUAAGUAUCAUAAGAAAAAAACAGAAGAGAGAACAAAUAUUAGAGACAGUUUCUGAUGAAUGCCAUGUGGAAGAGCAAAAGAAAAGUAUGGCACUAGAAACAAACAACGACAUGGACUUUUUGACCAAAAGAGAAACUUUUCUAGAAGAGACAUCUGAAAGUAGAAUAGAGAAAUCAGUUGAUAUCAAUAACCACAGCUUCAGUUUCAGAGUUUCUUGUCGCUGUAGUGGAGCAAUUGCAAAAGUAUUUACUUCACAGGAGGUGGGAAGAGUACUUGGAAUAACUCUUAUAAAACAGCUUGGGUGGAAAGCAGAUUUGAGAAACCCUGAUCUAGAGGUAAUGAAAUAGUUUGUUUGUUUACUGAAUUAUUCGCUAGUUUUAAAAUGACACUGUCAACUGCUGAUUUGAUAGGACUUUUUUCACUGUUUUAGCGUGUGUGUGUGUGUGAUAGUGCCUAUAGGCCCCACUCUGAACUAGGGCUGGGAGUAGAGCAAUACUGGACUAGGGAGGCCUCACCCCUAGGUAUGUUCCCAGUGGAGGAACAGUUUAAAAGGACUCUGGUAGCCCAGAAGGGGCUGAGGAGAAUAAGCAGCACAUGGCUUUAGGAAGCAAGGCUGAUGCUGAGCUGUGCAAGAAGACAACAGCUUGGUGUGAGUUGCCCUAGCAGCAGGGACCGAAUCCCACCCACCUCUUUGGGAUUUGGAAGCCCUAAAAGAGUGACUGAACAGGACACUAACAGACCAAGGAGAGUCUGCUAAGCCUGCAACUGUGCACCAAACUGAGGCUCUGGACUGGUAGGAAGUGACCAAGUGGAAAACAUAAUUUGGGGUGUCU